AGAAGAAGAAGUAAGAACAACAACACAUUGAUUUCCUUCCCCUUCCUUAUAUUCCCCUGACAUGGCGUCCAACAAGCAGAAUUCUUCGAGCACAACUGAUCCAAUCAAUAAGAGAAAACGGAGACAUUCUGACUCUGAUUCAGAGCAAACACUUACAAGACAAUCAGCGGGCAACAAUUCUCCUCAAAGUUCGUCUCUGACUUCACCAAACACGAGUCCCAUCGGCCUUAUUCCAAAGGAUACAAGAGACUGGACAGAAGAAACUAUUUACAAUAAUCUGCAAAUUAAAGACACACCAAGCCCAUUUCCCAUUGAUGUUUUCAAUACGGGAUAUGUUGACUCUUUUUUGAAAAACCAUAUAAAAAUAAGAGAUUACAUGUUAAAGGUUAAUACAGACGAAAGGCACAGAUCAAAGCAUGACUGCUAUGCAUUUGCACUUAACGAUGCAUUUGAUGUAGACUGCAGUGUACUUAGUGAUAUAACAAUUUCCAAAGCAUGGCAGUUGACUGAAGAGUUCAAAAAACCAUUUCAGGACUCGUGUUUUGUUAAGUGGCUGUUUGAAUACAAUAUAAAUAGAAAAAAAAUAGAAAAAGACAAAUUGAAGGACAUGAGAAAUAUCUGCCAAAACAUAUAUCCAAGAUUACAGCAAUUUUGCAGUCAGCUUUUAUUUAUGGUGUCAGAGCAUACACAUAGGCAGAAUUCUGAUAACCCAACAGAGGCUAUGUAUCAAGAACUAUUUGUGUCCUUUUUGAGGAUAUUUGGUGUUACUGUCUUAAAUGUUCCAAAUCUACCUGCCUAUCAUCUGACAAUUGGUGACAGGAUAGUAACUUCAACACCUGAUGCUGUUGUUUGUAGCUUUGUUAGGAAUGGAGAAGAAGUAGAGAAGAAAGUUAUUGCUGUUGUAGAGGUAAAGAAAGAGUACACCAGACCAUCAAAUCUGGAAAGGCAGACGAGAAAUUGUGACAGGAAGAAGUCAGUUAUUGAUUCUGGAUUAAAAGGCCAGCAUACUGGAGAUAUGUUAGCAGUUAUUCCUUCAUCUGUAUUUGGUCCUAAUGGAAUAUAUGGAAUCAUAGUACAGGGGACAAUGGUCACAUUUGUAUCCCUAGCAACAAGUCAAGAAUAUUGUAAUAACCUUCAAGAAGGGAACAUGAAGAAUUGUGAUGCUACAAUAAAGUACAGUACUCCAGUUAAUAUGCUGUCUACUGAAGGUAGAUACGAACUUGUCAGAACCUUCCUUGGAAUGUCAACUUUACUGGAUUGUAUGACACAGGAUAUAAAGAAUUAGGAUGAAAUGGAUAAAGGACUAAAAAAGAAAGUAGAGGAAGACAAGAUAGAACAAACACCAACUUCCCUCAUAGAUCCACCUAUUGACCCUGAUGAACCUACAUACAGCUAUCAAGUUUCUUAUGGAGAAAUGAUUGGAUCUGACAAUGUGCUCUGUGUUGUAGAAUGAUUCCAUUUUAACUGUGUUGGACUUGUGAAUAUGCCAAAAGGAAAAUGGUUUUGUUCAAAUUAUUGAGGCGAGACAAGUAAAAAUGAUGAGAGAAGAUUUGCUAAAUCUUAGUGCAAUACUUAUAAUGAAUUAUUUUUAUGUUAAGCGACACCAAAUGGCUUACAUAAAUGGAUUUAGUAUUGUAAGUUGAUAUUUGCUGAAAACUGUAACAGUUAUGUAAAGAACAAGGUAGCAAAAAGAAUGAAGGGUAUAGAUAUUGUAAAGUACAAACAGUACUGUGAAAGAAAUGUAUAAUAUAAAAACAUACUGCAAGUCAUCAAAAAGUAUAUCAAUAAUUAUGGGUUGCAAUUGAUAAGGAGUUCAGUAUAUAAGCUUAUUGAUUUUUUCUUUUCUAACAGGGACAGAGAUUAUUAAAGAUAAAGUUGUCAUUUUUUGUGUGGCAAAUAUGCUCGGAGUAAUGCUUUUUAAACUUAAUUUCAACUCAAGAAAACUUGAUGUAAAGUAAGAUUUAUCAUUAGCAUGAUUAGAGAAAAAUAAAUCUUGCCUUUGAUUUAUUUUGUAUUUGGGACAUUCAUCCUGACCAUAUACAUGUACCAAAGACAAAUAGAGAAAACUAAUUUAGACAUGGAUAAAAAAACUAUAUGGGUCAAUUUAGCAUACAUGUUAUUGUAAAUCUACAGUGAUGAUAAGAUCACAUACGUUUAUACGUUAAUUUCAUUAAUGAAUUGUAAAUAAAUGUAUAUAAAGUUUAUGUAUAAAGAUUAAUAUCAAACAUUUUUCACUUAAUUUUAAUGCCCCA